UGGUAGAGCAGCUAGUUUCAGCGUGGAGUUCCUUACAGCUCUGACUCCGGAGACAGAAUGGAUUACCGUCGGAUAAAACGAGUUUUAUUUGUCACUGUAUUUAUGAACUGCAUAUUUAUUUCACUUCAAAAUAAAGAAGAGGUGCUGCUGGACAUGGUGGCAUCCGGAGGAGAGUUGGGCUGGCUGACAUGGCCUGACCAGAAUGGGUGGGAGAUAGGCCAGCAAGCUGUUAAUGGCACCUUGCUUUAUAACUACUUUGUUUGCAAUGUGGAAGCGCGAGAGCAGGACAACUGGCUGCGCACUACCUUCAUCCAGCGACACCCCACAGCCACUCGGGUGUUUGUGGAGAUGCGCUUUCUCGUGCGUGACUGCAACUCCUUCAACGCAGACUCGCUUACCUGCAAAGAAACCUUCAACCUGUACGCUUCAGAAGCCGAUGCUGACAUAGGCACCAGCUUUCGUAAGGGCCAGUUCCGCAAGGUGGCAACCAUUGCGCCUGAUGAGAUCUCUGGCAUCGGAGAUAUGAGAGUCAACAUAGAGACAAAGGUCGUGGACAAUCUCUCCCGCAAGGGCUUUUACUUGGCUUUCCAGGACAUUGGGGCUUGUGUAGCUAUCUACUCUGUAAGGGUUUACUACAAAACAUGUCCUGCCACAGUGAAGAGCUUGGCAUCGUUCCCUGAGACAGUGGCAGUGGCAGGGUCUGAGAACCAGGCCCUAAGGGAGGUGGCUGGUGCUUGUGUGGAAAAUGCUGAGAGUGAGGACCAACCACGAAUUUACUGCACUGUGGAUGGAGAAUGGGUGGUGCCGGUGGGCCAAUGCCAAUGCAGUCCGGGAUAUGAAGCUGUAGAUGACACAUGCCAAGAAUGUAAGCCAGGCUUUUUUAAGGCCUCAGUGUCCAAUGAAGCCUGCGGGUCAUGUCCAAAGAACACCCACCCCUCAAGUCCUGGUGCCCGGAGUUGUCCCUGUUUAGAGGGGUUUUACCGAGCCCCAGAGGAGCCCAUGUCAGCUGCGUGCUCAGGCCUACCUUCACCUCCUAAAACAUUGACUGCUACUACAGCCCAGUUGGCCAUUGGGAAGCUCGAGUUGUCCUGGAGUCCCCCAGGAGACACAGGAGGACGCUCCGAUAUUACCUAUAGCGUGGUAUGUGAGCGCUGCGAGGCAAGUGUGUGUCAGCCCUGUGGAGAGAAGGUGCGUUACGAGCCUGGCAAUAUUGACAUAAAGGAGACCCUCGUGAUCGUUAGUGAGCUGGAGCCACAUUUGAACUACACAUUCACAGUGGAGGCUCGGAAUGGUGUUUCCCAGUUCAGUUCUCAGAAAGCCACCAGCAACAUCAGCACUGCCCUGCACUACACAGACCCUCCAAGCGUGACUGGAAUGCGCCUGGUAGAAAGGAGUGCUAAGAGCCUGUCGUUGUCUUGGUCCGUGUCUCGCCGAGCCAACCCCAGCGCCAUCCGCUAUAAGCUCAUGUACUGUGAGAAGGAAAAAGAUGAGACAAAGACUGGUAAAACUUACACUGUUCUGGUCCUGGACAAGAACUCCGUUCAGAUUAGUGACCUCUCUCCUUCCACAGUGUAUCUGUUUCAAGUCCAGGCUAUUGGUAAUGGCAAUGUGGGCAGCAACAGUGUUGAGGAGGAGUUUUCAACGCUGCCAGAAGUAGGUAAUACAGCAGUGAUUCUUGGAGCAGUGGUGGGAGGAGGGGCCAUACUCUUCAUCGUGCUGGUGGUCCUGCUCCUGCGCAAACGCCGAAAAAGCUCCCACACAAGGCAAGGACCAGAGGACGCCUACUUCUCCAGCCCAGAGCAACUGAAGCCCCUGAAGACUUAUGUUGAUCCUCACACAUACGAAGACCCCAACACGGCAGUGCUUAAGUUUGCCAGCGAGAUCCAUCCGAGUCACAUCACCAAGCAGAAAGUCAUAGGAGCAGGUGAGUUUGGAGAGGUCUACCGUGGCAUCCUGAAAGUUCCUGGACGCAAAGAGGGAGCAGUGGCCAUUAAGACGCUGAAGCCAGGAUACACGGAGAAGCAGAGGCAGGACUUCCUAAGUGAGGCCAGCAUCAUGGGCCAGUUCUCUCACCAAAACAUUAUUCGCUUGGAGGGUGUGGUUACCAAAUGUAACUAUCAGACUUAUUGUUUAUUUGAAUUUUUUACAAUAAUUUUAUUCUACGUACACUAUUUUCCUUUCUCUAGUGCCACUCCUGACUAUUUUUUAUUUAUUUAUUUAUUAUGUUUUUCAGUCAAACAUGCUAUGAUUGUUACCGAGUACAUGGAAAAUGGUGCAUUGGACAAAUACCUGAGGGACCAUGAUGGAGAAAUGUCAUCGUUCCAGUUGGUUGGUAUGCUCCGUGGCAUUGCGGCGGGUAUGAAGUACCUCUCAGACAUGAGCUAUGUUCACAGAGACCUGGCCGCACGAAACAUCCUGGUCAACUCCAACCUGGAGUGCAAAGUUUCCGACUUCGGUCUAUCCCGGGUUCUGGAGGAUGACCCAGAGGGCACUUAUACCACGAGUGGAGGGAAAAUUCCCAUUCGCUGGACGGCUCCAGAGGCUAUUGCUUACAGGAAGUUCACUUCGGCUAGCGAUGUUUGGAGCUUUGGCAUAGUCAUGUGGGAGGUUAUGGCGUUUGGAGAGAGGCCUUACUGGGACAUGAGCAACCACGAGGUGAUGAAGGCGAUUAAUGAAGCUUUUCGUCUGCCUGCUCCGAUGGACUGUCCCUCAGCUGUGUACCAACUCAUGCUGCAGUGCUGGUUGCAGGAUCGCUCAAAAAGACCCCGCUUCCAGGACAUCCUAAGCCUCCUUGACAAGCUUCUUAAGAGUCCUGACUCCCUCAAGACCAUUGCAGACUUUGACCCCCGAGUUUCUAUCCGGCUUCCAAGCACCAGUGGUUCUGACGGGUCACCCUUCAGAUCUGUCUCUGAAUGGCUGGAGUCUAUUAAGAUGAGUCAGUACAGUGAAAACUUCAGUAUGGCAGGCAUCGUCAGCAUGGAGCAGGUGCUGCAGAUGAAGAGCGAGGAUAUCCGUAACAUCGGUGUACGCCUGCCAGGACACCUAAAAAGGAUCGCCUACAGUAUCUUGGGACUUAAGGACCAGACUAGCACCCUGAGUGUAUUUGCUGUGUGAGCCACCGAACAUACAGAGCUCACUACACAGAUAAAACUCUCAAGAUGACAGAGAAAACUCUAAACUACCCCAGGCUCGGGCUGCAGGGACAGCCUUACAACUGGGGCUCUACCACCCUCCAGCCUAACAAGAUGGACUCUCGCAGCAAUAGAGCCUUGAAGCAAAUUUGAUAUAUGUAUCAAAAUUUGAGGAGGUAGAAGCGUAAAAAAACAA